UCCGGUCGCCGCGACGCCCAGCCCCGGCUCGGCGCCCGCGUGGGAUGGUGCAGCGCUCGCCGCCGGCCCCGAGAGCUGCUGCAGCGAAGGCCGGGAGUGAGCUUAUGGGACCAUGUGGGAGCUUAUGAAGUUGCCAGCGCUGCUGUUCUGAAUGGAGACGUUGGUACCCCAGGGAAGAGCAGUGACUCAAAGGAUCAUCCAGAAGUAUUGAAUGUUCGAAUACAACUGGAAAGCAGAGAACUGAUUAUAAAUCUGGAAAGAAAUGAAGGUCUCAUUGCCAGUGAUUUCACCGAAACUCACUAUCUGCAAGAUGGUACUGAUAUCUCUCUCACUCGAAAUUACACGGGUCAUUGUUACUACCACGGACAUGUGCAAGGAUAUGAUAGUUCAAUGGUCAGUCUCAGCACCUGUUCUGGUCUCAGGGGACUUAUUAUGUUUGAAGAUCAAACCUAUAUCUUAGAACCAAUGAAGAAUGCCACCGACAGAUACAAACUCUUCCCAGCGAAGAACCUGACAAGUAUCUGGGGGUCCUGUGGGUCACAUCAUAAUACAUCAGGCCAGGCUGCGUAUGACUCCUUCCCAGCAUUCUCUCAGACAAGAGCAAGAAGGCAUAAAAGAGAGACCCUCAAGAUGACCAAGUAUGUAGAGCUGGUUAUUGUAGCAGAUAACCGAGAGUUUCAGAGGCAAGGAAAAGAUCUGGAAAAAGUUAAGCAGCGAUUAAUAGAGAUUGCUAAUCACGUUGACAAGUUUUACAGAUCACUGAACAUUCGAAUAGUGUUGGUAGGGGUGGAAGUGUGGAAUGACAUCGACAAAUGCCCUAUAAGUCAGGACCCGUUUACCAGCCUCCAUGAGUUUCUCGACUGGAGGAAGAUGAAGCUUCUACCUCGCAAAUCCCAUGACAAUGCACAGCUUAUCAGUGGGGUUUAUUUUCAAGGGACCACCAUUGGCAUGGCACCAAUCAUGAGCAUGUGCACUGCAGAACAGUCCGGAGGAGUUGUCAUGGACCAUUCAGACAGCCCCCUUGGUGCGGCCGUGACCCUGGCACAUGAGCUGGGACACAAUUUCGGGAUGAACCACGACACCCUGGAGAGGGGCUGCAGCUGCAAAAUGGCUGCCGAUAAAGGAGGCUGCAUCAUGAACCCUUCCACUGGGUACCCGUUCCCCAUGGUCUUCAGCAGCUGCAGCAGGAAGGACCUGGAGACCAGCCUGGAGAAAGGGAUGGGGAUGUGCCUCUUCAACCUACCUGAAGUCAAGCAGGCUUUUGGGGGCCAGAAGUGUGGGAACGGAUACGUUGAAGAAGGAGAAGAGUGUGACUGUGGGGAGCCGGAGGAAUGUACAAAUCGCUGCUGCAAUGCUACCACCUGCACCCUGAAAUCAGACGCCGUAUGUGCACACGGACUGUGCUGUGAAGACUGUCAGCUGAAGCCUGCAGGAACUGCAUGCAGGGGCUCCAGCAACUCCUGCGACCUCCCAGAGUUCUGCACAGGAGCUGGUCCUCACUGUCCGGCCAAUGUAUAUCUGCAUGAUGGGCACCCGUGUCAGGGGGUAGAUGGCUACUGCUACAACGGCAUCUGCCAGACCCAUGAGCAGCAGUGCAUCACACUCUGGGGACCAGGCGCCAAACCUGCCCCUGGAAUCUGCUUUGAAAGAGUCAACUCAGCAGGCGAUCCUUAUGGCAACUGUGGCAAAGAUUCCAAGAGUUCCUUCGCCAAAUGCGAGACAAGAGACGCUAAAUGUGGAAAAAUCCAGUGUCAAGGAGGUGCCAGCCGACCAGUCAUUGGUACCAAUGCCGUUUCCAUAGAAACAAAUAUCCCACUGCAGGAAGGAGGUCGGAUUCUGUGCCGAGGGACCCAUGUGUACUUGGGUGAUGACAUGCCGGACCCAGGGCUUGUGCUUGCAGGGACAAAAUGUGCAGAUGGAAAAAUCUGCCUCAAUCGUCGGUGUCAAAAUGUUAGUGUCUUCGGUGUCCACGAAUGUGCAAUGCAGUGCCACGGCCGAGGAGUAUGCAACAACAGGAAGAACUGCCACUGUGAGGCCCACUGGGCACCUCCCUUCUGUGACAAGUUUGGCUUUGGAGGAAGCACAGACAGUGGCCCCAUCAGGCAAGCAGAUAACCAAGGCUUAACUAUAGGAAUUCUGGUGACCAUCCUGUGUCUCCUGGCUGCUGGAUGUGUGGUGUAUCUCAAAAGGAAGACCUUGAUACGACUACUGUUUACAAAUAAAAAAACAACCAUUGAGAAGCUAAGGUGUGUGCGCUCUUCCCGGCCAACCAGUGCUUCCCAACCUGGUCAGGCUCACCUCAUCCGCCACGGAAAGGGCCUGACGGGUAGGCCGCCACAUUCCCACACAGCUAAGGACAGGAGACCACCGCCAUGUCUGAAUGUGGACAUCAGCAGACCCCUCAGUACCCUUGCCAUCCCUCAGCCCCAGUCACCCCAGCGAGUGCUCCCACCACUCCACCAGACUCCUCGGGUACCAAGUGGCCCUGCCAGACCCCUGCCAGCCAAUCCUGCACUGAGGCAGGCCCAGGGGAUUCAUAAGCCAAACCCUCCUCAGAAGCCUCUGCCUGCCAAUCCUUUGAACAGGACAACUCGGCUUUCUAAUGCUGCAGUGAAGACACCGGGACAGCAGGAGCCUGGGUUUCGCCCAGCACCCAUUAGACCUGCUCCUAAAUAUCCACACCAAGUGCCCAGAUCCACGCACACCGCCUACAUUAAGUGAGAAGCAAGUUGACGCCUUUUUUUCAACAGUGAAGACAGAAGUUUGCACUAUCUUUCAACUCCAGUUGGAGUGAUUUUUUUGUACCAAUUUUUAGAACUUUUUAAAUUUAAAAAACCAUUAUUUCAAGAACUUUGAGCUACUGCCGUCGGUGCUGUGCUGUGCUAUGGUGCUCUGUAUACUUGCUCAGGAACUUGUAAAUUAUUAUUUAUGCAGAAUGUUUAUUACAGUGCAGUGCGCUGUAGUAGGCAUUUUUACCAUCACUGAGUUUUCCAUGGAAGGAAGGCUUGUGCUUUUAAUAUUUUAGUGAACUUGAAAUAUCCUGCUUGAUGGGAUUCUGGACAAGAUGUUUACUUUCUGAUCAAGGCUUUAUUGGGAAACAGUCACCCAGCUGCCCUCAGCUGUGGUUACGGUACCUGACACAAUUCGAAAGAGCCCAGGUAGAACACCUUGAGUGAUUUUGUGGAAUUUCUAACUUGGGCCAGAACUAGGGGCUGAAGUCCAGGCUGUGCUUGGCCUUCAGGGAGGUCCUGGGCCCUGGCAAGCUGACAGGCCCCCAGGACAAAAGAGAAGGAUCUGGUUUCUGGCCAGGAUGCUUUGGAGAGAACCUGGGUUGCAGUCAGGAACUUUGAGGUGUGGCCCCAACCAAGAUAGAGACUGGAAUGCCAGGCCAGGCAGAAACUUGACCUGGAGCUGACCAGCCAUGAGCACAUUUGGACAGCAGACAAAGAAGAGAUCUGUAGUUUUGCUCACGGUUUUGCUACAUAGACAUAGAAACAUUAAGAACUUCUUUUACUGGCUGUUUUUUUCAGAGUGCUGGCAUUUAACACAUUAUUUAGAUUGGGAAUGGUGGUGUUUCCACAAGGAAGCCACUGCAAACCUCCAUCUCCCAGUACUGUUUGGAGCUAAGCAAAUUACCACAUUAUCUUCUCAACUAUAAUACAAUGACCUUGUGUUCAGACAGACAGAUGAGGCUUUCCAUGGGACCAUAAUGAUUUUCAGAUGUAAAGUAGUAACCAGAUCUAGUCAAUCGAUUGUUUAGAUAAAAAUCUCCUUUUACUGAAAGGUUCAACUUAUUAAAAAUGAGAAUCCAUAUGCUUGCAGAAACUAAAACAAAAUGAAAUGCUAUUCUCCUGGUAUAGCCUAAGUCUGCUCUACUGAUCAGUAUAUAUUGGACAAAGAAACCUUAAAUUCUCUGUAGCACAUUUUAUUUUCUCAGUUAGACUUCAGGAAUCUUUAAAAGAUGUUUCUAACAUAGUAUGAAGCCUUAACACUUGCAGCCUACCUGUUGAGCAUCACAGAAUGUGAAAAGGAAAUCAUUUGCCUGAUCUUACAUAUUCCUGAAAUGGGCAAGUGGCCCCCUCAACAUUUUAGUCUGCCAGUAUCUGACUAGGAGGCAUUUCCACAAGAAGAUCUUCAAGACGCCUGAAUCCAGUGGCAUGAAAAAUAUAAAAAUGCUCAGAUAAUGCAAAAUGCCAUCCUGCCUCUCCCUGUCUUCUGGUUAGGUCAUAUAUAGUUAGUUUUCAUAUUAGAAGUCAAUUGAUAAUAGUUCUAUAAUUCACUCUGAGUGUUUUAUGAUAAGACUUUAGGAGUCAUUGCAAUGGUUUUCCUAUGCCUUGAAGCAGAAAGAAAAAUACAUACCAAGAAUCUUGGUUUGCCUUCCAAAAAACAAAACUGCAUUUAACUUUGCCCAUGCUCCCCACUAUAUCCAGGCAACAUAGUAUUCAUAACUGUAGAUAAAUAAAUCUAUGUCACAAACACACACAAAAGGGAACCCAGUUCUAAUACAUUCCAACUCUUAUACAUCUGUUUAUUAUACAAUUAUUUUCUUAAAAAUGUAAAGCCAUGGUAGAUGAUAUUACUGCUGAUGAGAUACAUACAGAAUUACUGUAACUGAUAUUACAUUUGGCAAUUGUAUUAAGGCCAAAACAUAUAAUAUUGAAAAGGUUUACAGUUUUUUAUGGUGCAUUACGUGGGCAUUAUCUUUCUAGAUGCCCAAAUCCUUAGAUCUGACAUCUUAGCUCCUUCUAUUGUGAGUUAGAGGAAGAAUAUGAAUGGACUUUUUUGCUCUUCUUAACUACAAGACCUGUGCUUUUAAAGAACCAGGAAAAGUUUGAUAUUAAAGGAGGUUAAAACUGUGAUCCUAUGUCAUGUCAUCAAUGGCCACUUAGGGGCUGUGGCUGGUGACAUAUUCUUAUCUCUACAAUACUUAAUAGCUUUUAUAGAGCCAUGCAGUUUAUUUCUGAAUAAGAGCAUAUUUAAACCUAAUAUUCCCUUAUAAUACACAGAUAUUAAAAGAGUACUUCCAAGAAGCAAUAUUUAUCAAAUAAAACAUAUAUAGCAAUAACUUCCAUUUUAAUGUAACUUAGGAGCCAAUAACCAGGAUGGUAGUUGUUUUUUGGAGGAAGAUAUUUUUCUCCCUUUUUAUUAUAUUCAUAAAGGAUGGAAACAAAAAUUAAGAGUUACAUUUCAAUGGUGAUCUGAUUAUUCUUUCAUAUUUUUGAAAAGCUUUGUAGGCAUAACAGAGUUGAUGUGAGUUUUAUAAGACUAUCACUGAGGAAGUUCAGUGCCUAGACACAAAGGAGGCCUGGAGGUUACUCACUUUCCUUUGUACAUCUAGGAAUAGCUGCAGGUUAUAUGACCCCACUUUGUAAGAAAGUAUAUGGCUAAUCUUCCAGGCAUUCCAUUAAAAGUGUAUAUCCUGAAAUGUUUUUAACAGUUUGUUUUCCUAACACAUGGAAUCAGAUGUGUAGCAACCAAGAGAAACAAGGUGUAACAUUUUCCAUUGUCGAAAUAUGCAUGCAGAGGUUACACUACCCAGUGUGAAUUUUCCAGCUUACACAUGUGGGAUGACAUCACAAAAACCACAACAGCAACAAAAUAAACUAUAUGAGAAUAAAGACUUCUGAACUAGUCUCCAAGGGGACAUUUUUAUGCCUUCUUAACUUUAUUAGGAAUUCUCAGGCUGAAAUUUAGGCCAUUGUUCUCUGACAAAUCAAUACAACACAUCAAUGCAUCCCCUAAAACUGCUAAAACUCCGAUCUGUGUCAGAAUACUCUUAGGACCUGUGAUCCCCUAUGGUGCUAAAAAGAGCCUGAUGCUGGGCCAACAAGAAUGCCUGAGUAUCCUCCUGCCACCUCUCAAAUGAUGUUUACUAAGCACUCUGAGCCAACAAGUCCCUGAGAGGGCAAAAUGCCUGGGCAGCUGGGCCAGAUCUUCCUAAUACACUCGGACCUCUUGCUGGUUUUUCUCACGAGGCUCAUUUCAUCUUUAAGUUUGGCUAGGUAUGACUGCCCUAGAUGUCCUAGAGAAAGCUAGGGCAGACUUAGUCUACAGAUGCUUCCUCACUGCUCUCAAAAUGGUCCCAGCUAUAUACUAGUGACCAGGUUAAAGUUACAACCCUCCUACAAGUCUCCCCAAACCAGCACUAACCCAGAGAUGUGAUUUUCAGGCUGGAAGUUUCAUACACAGCAAGUGGCUGGUAGGAGUCAUCGCAGGUACCACCUUUUCCCAUCCCGAACCAUGCUAGAAGUCAGCACAAUGCUGCCACAACUACUCCCCAUGAUGUAUCAGCAGGCCCAUACACAUCUUCUGGACACAGUAAGCCAGGGGCAAAAAUGGCCCUUUACCUUUACCUUUCCUGGUCACCAGACGCAAGUGCCUUAUGGAAGCUAAACCCAAUGCUGAUGCCUCUCCAGUCUCCAAUAAUCAAAUCUCUUAUCUACUUUUGUCAGUACUUCAAGUCAGCCAACAUGGUGACUACUACAGUAUGUGGCUAUCCUGCAGGUCCACCUACUGGACACUCAAAGCCUACCUUCUCCAGGGUCACAGCACAGAGCAACCUUUCCAGCACCCUCCAGCCUUGAAUUCCCCCAAGUCCCUCCGCAGGCAUACUGACCACAGUGACUUCCCAUCUAAUGCCUUGUUCUAAUUAGCGAAGUUGGCCAUAGAAAACUCAAUUUAGCUAUGCUUGCAAAAUUGUCUUGACUCACUCUCAAGUUACUAUUGACAUCUAUUGUUUUUAAACAUAUUUGAAAACUCCAAUCGAGAAACAACCUUCCAAGAAAGAUUUGUGAGCCCCAUGCACAGAACUAUUUCUGAGAAACAAAAUACUUCCUACAGCCAUCUAUUCAUAUAGGAAAGUACCAUUUCCCUGGCUGUUGCAGAGAAUAUCCUCCCCGCUUUACUUUUGGGAAAGUAGCAGCAGUUUAUAAUCCAGCCAUUAUAAUCUUGUUUCAUAUUAAAAACACAAGAAAAAUACUACAUAUGAAAUGGUUAAAAUAGUUAAUAGUGGAUAGUGGUAGUCAGAAAAUGGAACAGUCAAAAGAACUCUUGAUUUAAAGUCAUUUGGCUCCUUGGGGUUACAUGCCUUCUAAUUCCACCCUGAUUUCCCAUAUUGUCUUAAAAGCAUGCUCUAUAUUCCCUGUAAUUCUCCUAGAAAAUAGCCUUUUAGUCCUUAACUUAGCACAUUUAAAUCCAGACAGAAGAAUAUAUGAUACAUGAUCAUUUUAGUUGUACAAAAAAGUUGCAAACCAUUUUACAUUUGUGGCCUAUAAUAAGUAGGUAUCUUCAUAGGGCAGUGAUAGGAAAAACAAAUGAGAAAGAUAAAACUCUCUAGGCAAUAGAUGGCCAAGACUUUUAGGACAAGUAGAAGCAGAACUAAUAGUUCCCUUACCUCCUUCUGUCAAGUCAAAUUGGUAGGUGGUCGGGCAGCCUGAGGUCUGAACGUGUGUGCCAAUUGUCAAUGCAACUCUUUCACUUGGUUACAGGCUGUUUAGCACAGUACAGAUUGAAGUUACGGCUACAUAAACCAGCACAGUCAUUCUGCAGUGCUUCAUCCAUUUAUAAUGCUUUGGUUUGCUAAUUUUUUCACAUAACUUUUUAUGUUACAUUCUGUUACUUUUGUACACAUUUCUCAUAUUGGGGAUCUACAGGUAAAUACAACCUGCUAUUUCAGUAGAAAAAGUCAUUGUUAAGAAUAUUAUACCCAAUAAAUGGUAAACAGAUAAA